GGUCGAAAUGGAUAAUUGUAACGGCAUGCGAAAUGAAAACGAAAUCGUCGUGUAAAGGUGAAGAAAUCAUGGAACGUUUGUGUAAAGCUACAAAUAAAACUCGUGAACUGGGAAAAAGUUCUAAACAAUCAUUUGAUGAUCGUGUUCUACUCAACCUAAUAGAAAUUGACGAUGAUGAUCAAGAUGCAAUCUCCAUAAUACCACUACAGAAGAAAAUUUAUCAACGGGUAUGUACACUGAUCAGGUAUGC